CAGGUGCUGAAUUGUUUGAAGACUCAGGAUGCUACCAGCUCAUCAACAUCCAAACAGUUCAGCUUCUCUCUUGGACAGUGAAGAUGAGACAGUGAUGGCAGAGCUGCCUUUUGUCACAGCUGAUGCCAGAGAGAUAUUUGAAAAUCCUUUAAAACAUGAAUGCAAGCCCCAAAGGAAGAAAAGAAAGAGGAUCUUGGAGAAUCCCCAGCUUGGGAGAGGAAAGCUUUGUCGCAGGCUGAAGUUGGUGAAAUGGCAGUCAUGUAGGAGCAGGCAUCAAGAGAGGGUCCUGGAGCACGUUCAAGGGGAUGAAAAUCCUGCUGGAGCUCAGCAGCUCUGCUCGGCAGUACAGCUGGGGCAAGGAGGAGGUUAUUUCCCAGCAACACAGCUGCUGCCCCCUGAGCAGCAGCCCUGGGCAGAGGACAAUGCCCAUGCUCUGUUGCAGAGGCAAACAGUGCAGGGAGGCAUGGCCCCAAACAGGGGACCACAGCCAAGGGACCAGGGAUGGGAGGCCCUGGAGGUGACAGUGAAGGUGCGGCCACAGGAGGUGAGCCAGAGGUGGGAGUCUCCAGAGGUGACUGUGCAGGUGCAGCCUCAGAAGCCAAGCCCAAGGUGGGUGGCCCCAUCAGUGACCACACAGGUGCAGCUACAGCAGCAGGGCCAAGGACCUCAAGUGAUUGUACAGGUACAACAGCAGGGACAAAGCAUGGCUGGCAUCAAGAUCACUGUGCAGCUGGGCUGUGAACUACAAGAGGUAACUUGCCUCCAGGACCAAGGUGAGGAAGUGUCAACAAAUGGAGAGCAGCUGACACGGGAACAAAAUGAGGGAGAGCAAGUGGCAAGGUCUGAAGGUGAGAGAGAAUUGGCUGAGGUGAAGCUGGAGCCCCAGGGGGUUCCAAGCCAAAAGCAGGAUCAAGGAGAGGUGACAGAAGCCCUGAAGAACCAGAAUCAAGAAGAGGAAAGAGCAGAAGUGGUUGCACUGCAGCAGAUUGAGGAUGGAGAUACAGCAGACCUGAAUGGGAUACUGACAGAGGAGCAGCUACAGGGUCAGAGCCAAGAGCAGAAACAGCCAGAAGCAGACCUGCCCCCACAAAAAGAAGGUCAAAGUCCUACAGAGACAAGGCAGAACCAGAGAGAUGCCCAAGAAGGGCCUAAGGACCAGAAGGAAGCCCUACGGCAAGAAACGUCUAAGAAACGUCCACGAGAGGCUGCAAAUUAUUUUGUGGCUAUUCCAAUAACAAAUGAUCAGAUUUUGGACAGAAUUGAAGACGUCCAAGAGCUGAUAUUCACUAAGGAACCUCUCCUGUUGAAAGCUCUUCUUCCCAUUCAAACCAUGCACAUUACUCUAAUAAUAGCUCACCUGGGAACAGAGGACAUCAAAAAGGCUGUUCUAGCUCUGAAGCAAAGCAAGACCAAAGUGGAAGCCAUCUUGCAGAGUGAAGGCCUUCAUAUGACCUUCCAAGGCAUUGGGAGGUUUAAUGACCAAGUGCUCUAUGUGGACAUGCUGGAGGAAGGCAAGAAAAUGCUGACAAGAAUUACAGAAGCUGUGGAAGAGUGCUUUGUUGAAAUGAACCUUGACAUUUCGGGAAGCAAGGAUUUCAUACCUCAUCUCACCUUCCUCAAGCUCUCCAAAGUACCAAGCUUGAAGAGAAGGGGCUUCACAAAAAUUCCUCCUGAGCUGUAUAAAGAAUUCAAAGACAGCUACUUUGGCACAGAGGUCUUCAGCCGAAUUGAUCUUUGUGCCAUGAAGAAGAAGAAGCAGGAAUCUGGUUACUAUUAUUGUGAGGGUUCAAUCCAUGUGGGCUCCACUACUAUGGAGAAGAACAAAGAGCAAGAAAUGCAGACAGAUGUGGGAGGAGCACUCAGGGAAGACCUUCCACACAGUUCUGCAAAGGCUGAAGUGGGAGAAGCACUCAGGGAAGACCUUCCACACAGUUCUGCAAAGGCUGAAGUGGGAGAAGCACUCAGGGAAGACCUUCCACACAGUUCUGCAAAGGCUGAAGUGGGAGGAGCACUCAGGGAAGACAUUCCACACACUUCUGCCAAGGCUGAAGUGGGAGAAGCACUCAGGGAAGACCUUCCACAGAGUUCUGCAAAGGCUGAAGUGGGAGAAGCACUCAGGGAAGACCUUCCAUACAGUUCUGCAAAGGCUGAAGUGGGAGAAGCCCUCAGAGAGGACCUUCCACACAGUUCUGCAAAGGCUGAAAUGGGAGAAACUGCUGCAAGCCCUAAGCUCACCUCACAUUUGGUAGUAGCUGAUGAUAAAACAUCUGAAAACAUUGCUGAGGCUUCAACUCCAAGUGAAGAAGAAAUCAAUGAGGUGAAGGGACAGCCUGAAGCUACAGAUGAGAUUUCAGAUGCAGCUGGGGAGAUCUGCUCCAAGGCAGUACUUGGUCUGCUGCCAGCAAGUUCAGAUGUGUUGGAAUGUGUGGAGAAGGAGGAAGAAGAAGAAAUGAGAACAGAUGGUAGCUUACAGAAAACUGAAGCCACAGGGCACGCAUCUGAUCAGCCACCAAGCUCAGGAUAAAGCUCUGGCAGUCCUUGGUGACCUGCACCCAUACUUGGUGAUGGUGUAGAAGGCAGCCACAGUGGUGUUGAGGUGUGGAUGGUAAUUUCUGGGGUGGAAAACUCUCUUUAGGAGAGUGGCAAAGCAAAGUAGGACAAAAAUCUGAGGGAAACCUGACUGACUACUGUAAUGGUGAAAUAGCUGAGUCAAAACAAGAACCUGCUGUGUGAGCAGAUGUACUCUACAGCUAAAUGAGCUCUGGUUUGCAGGAUCAGGCCUUUCAGAAGUCAUGUGUUGAAACCAGAGUUGUUGUCAGACAUCUCUGGUGCCCCAAAGCACAGUUCUAUCUUUGCUGCCUUUCUCAGCUCUGAUUUUGCUCCUUCCUUUGCCUGCUUGCCUUGUCUAAGUUCUGCCUGAGGAGGCUGCUUACUGCCUUAUUUCCACAGCUGCUCCAAGGGAAGACUCCAAACUAUGACUUCAGCACCAUUACUUCCUGCAUGGCCAGAAAUGGUAGAGGAUUUUAGUUAUCAGACUCCUGUGAAUUGUGGCUUUUCUUUGACUAUGUAACCAGAACUGCUUGUGCUUGAGUUAUAGAAAUGGUAUUUGUGGGAUAAACCCCAGGUGUAACAUAAGAUUUUGUCUAGAGGGGGAGGAAUGGAUUGUGUUGUAAAGCAGCUGGAGAAAAUGAGGCACAGCAUCCUCUUCUGAAGCUGAACUUGUGUUGUAGCCUCACUUAUGUGCAUGAAUUAGUGGGAAAAAAAAGCCAAAUAAAAUAGAGAAAUAUUCA